AGGAUCAACGUUAAACACAUUGGACUGUAUUUAGUGCAAAUUCAGAUUGGUGGCGAGGAGAGAUGACGGCUCGAAUCUUCAUCCCUGAGGAGGAUAUCACAUGUUCAGUGUGCUGUGAUAUCUUCAGGAAUCCAGUGACGCUUAAAUGCAGCCACACGUUCUGCGAGAGGUGUCUUCAGCAUUACUGGGAGACUCAGGGGGAGCUGUUGUGUCCAGUGUGCAGGAAACAGUGCAGCUCUGAAGAGCCAACGAAGAGCCUGGCUUUCAAAAACCUUUGUGACAACUAUAAAAACCAAGAACAAGAAGCCAGAAAAGAAGACUACUGCUCUCAGCAUGGAGAGAAACUCAAAUUGUUUUGUUUUCAAGACAAGCAGCCUAUCUGUGUAGUUUGUUACACCUCUAAAAAACAUAAGAAUCAUGAAUGCUCUCCAAUCGUGGAGGCUGUGGAAGACUUAAAGAGAGAAAUGAAUGUUGGAGUAUCUACUAUGCUGAAGAACAUCCACGCACUGAACAAAACUAAAGAAGACUAUCAAACCCUAGCUGAGGCCAUAAUGGCCCAAAGCCAGAGUAUAGAAAAGCAGAUCAGGCAGGAAUUUGAAAACCUUCAUCAAGUCCUGAGAGAGCAAGAGGAGGCCAAGAUCGCCGCCCUUAAAGAAGAAGAGAUGCAAAAGUACCAGAAGACGAAGAGCAGAAUUGAGAAGUUGUCGAGGGAGAUUUUAAGUGUCUCAGAGACAGUUGAGGUGUUAAGACAGGAGAUGAACAUGGAAGAUAUCGCUUUUCUCCAGAGCUAUAGUACCAACCAGUGCAGAACCCAGCACACACUGCCAGAACCAGACAUGAUUUGUGGGAUUGAUGCAGCAAAACACCUUGGAUUUUUGAACCUCUCAGUCCGAGCAAAGAUGCAUGAGCUUUUUCAAAACCAAGAGCCCCCAGUGACUCUGGAUCCAAACACUGCAUGUAACAAGCUUCUCAUCUCUGAGGACCACACCAGUCUCUCAUACACAGAGGAGAAGCAAAAAGUGCCAGAUAACCCAGAGAGGUUUCUGAUUGGCGUACUGGGGUCGCAAGGGUUCAGCUCUGGCCGACACUGCUGGGAUGUGGAGGUAGGAGACAAUGAUCACUGGACUCUUGGGGUAGUCUCUCAGUCUGUGGAGAGGAAAAAACUCCUGAAGAUGGAUCCGUCUUGCGGACUCUGGAGCGUGCGAUUCAUCGCGGGGAAGUACAGGGCUGGAGUAAAAGCUCGGACGGAGCUAAAAGUAACUGAGAGUCCUCGGGUCAUUAGAGUGGAGCUGGAUUAUGAUGAGGGCAGAGUGACCUUCUCUGACCCUACCAAAAGCCACGCCCUCUACGCUUUCACCUGCACUUUCACUGAGACCAUGUUCCCAUAUUUUAAUACUGCCAGCAGUAUCUGUCCUCUGCACAUCUCUUAAACAUAAGUCCUACGUUAUGUUAAAGUUAAGCUCUACAUUAUGUUAAACAAAUGUCUUAUUCUCAUGCAAAAUUAAAAAGUCUCUGCUUCAUAAAUCUUCAGCCUGAAAAUGGCAUG